AUGUGGAGAAUAUACGGCUUCAUUGUUAAUGAAAUGUGCCCAUCAGUAUAUAGCUUACAUUUACAUCUUGAGGAUAAACACCAAGUAACUUUUCGAGCAAAUGAAGACUUAAUCAAUGUUCUCAACUCUGAUCGAUCUGCAAAAUCAAUGUUAACAGAAUUAUUUGCAUUAAACCAAGUAGAUGAAAAUGCCAGGACAUUGUUAUACAAAGAAUUUCCAGAAUUUUAUGUUUGGAGCCAACAAUACAAAGAGUGGACUUGUCGGAAAAAAAAAACUGUUAUAGGUCAAAUUGUUACAGCAAAUCCAUUUGAAGGUGAGAGGUAUUAUCUGCGGAUAUUGCUAAAUCAUGUAAGAGGACCUUUGUCAUUUGAAGAUCUUAGGACAGUUGAUGGUGUCGUGGCUCCAACAUUUCAUGAGGCAGCAACUAUGCAUGGUUUGCUACAAAGAGACAGUAGCUUACAAGAUUGUUUACAUGAAGCAUCUCUAUAUCAAAUGUCAUUCAGUUUGAGACGACUAUUUGCAAUUAUUUUGGUUUAUUGUAAUCCAACCAAUCCGAGAAAGCUUUGGGAACGUUUUGAGCAAGAUAUGUCAGUUGAUUUUAGGUCGACUGAAGAUUCUAUGUCGGAUGUAAGAAUGCAAGUUUUACGCUCAAUCUCUUUUACACUUGAAUCAAUGGGGAAAGACAUUAAUUCGUUCCAUCUUCUUGAUGACAACAUUUGUUUUGGUGAAGACCAACUCGAAUCUAGGGAAAUCGAUGAUGAAUUGGCUGUUGAAAUUCCAGAAGAAGAUAUUGUUGCAUCAGAAGCCCUUAAUAGUAAACAACGACAUGUCUAUCAUUCAGUUUUGGGAAAGGUUUUUUCUAAUGAAGCUGCUACAUUCUUUGUCGAUGGCCCUGCUGGGACGGGGAAGACAUUCCUGUACAAGGCACUUCUUGCCGCAGUAAGAUCAAGAAAAUUAGUCGCACUUGCAACUGCUUCAUCUGGUGUUGCUGCAUCUAUCCUUCCUGGAGGUUGA